GCCCAACCACCUUGAUGAAGUCACGGGAUGUAAUCACAAUCAUUAGCAACAGUACCAAGAAGAAGUGGCGUAGAAUUUUGUGUUCCUUUGAAACGGCAUGAUAAAGAUGACCACAAACAUUAUUUCUAUCACUGUAUAACGAACUGUGUCUCCGCAAUGAAGUAUAGAUGUCUAACAAAGUUUUGUUGCAGUCUUCCUACGGUGCAGCCAUUUUGAUGCAUCGUGAUUUUGUGUGGCAUUAUAAAUUUAUGGGACCUCGCUGGCAAAGGAAGAUAGAGGUCCCAAUCAAGUGUGUUAGCCACUCUUUAGUCAAUGGAAAAGAUCAUUUGAGUGUUAUAUGUUAAGCUAUAUGUUAAGCUUCCUUUUUAAAGGAAAACAAUGUUCAGUUGGUUUCGGAAAAAGAAGAAAGAUCAAACGAACAAUGCAAAUCCAGUGGAACAACUUGCAAAUAUUUUGAGAGAGUACGGUGGGCUUAUUCUUGAAGGCAAUGGACGACUAUGUCUUACAACACCAAUCCUGAUAGCAUUGAACAGAGAUUUUCAGCAUCUGACCUUUACAAGAGAUUCAUCCAGACAUGGUGAUUCUGCUUUUGAUGUGAUCAAACAGGAGGGACCUAAUGAGGAUGUUCCUUUUAUUUUUGAUUUUGUUCAAAAAUCUCCAAAUCUUAAGCUUGUCUCUGGACCUGUCUGCAUUCCAAGUCAUCAGUUGUCGCUGCUUGCCUUCAAAUCUUUGAAGCUUUUAGAGAUCCACAGAGUUCCAAUUCUUCAUGUCCAUGGGUUGCACCAUAUUGCUAAACACAUAAAGAAACUUAUUUGCAACAGGUCAACUAACUCUAUCAAGGAUGUGGUGUAUCAAUUUGGGAAAGAUUUUAAUGGAGUUCUCACACUACCAGAGCUGGAAACCCUUGAUUUAAGCUACAACACCAUCUCAUGUCUGGAUGACUCGCUGAAAUUGCUUCCUUUGCUGGAAAAUCUGAACCUUUGCUACAACUGCCUUGGCUGUGCUGAGAGUGAUAGCAUGCCACCUGUAAGGUACCUCAACCUUGGCUUUAACUCCAUUACCAAAGUGCCGUCAUAUCCACUGCUGGCAUCGUACAGUAUCAGGACGUUGGUUCUUUGUAAUAACAGCUUGACCAACUUGGAAGGUGUUGAGAUGUUUCACAAUUUGGAAUUUCUAGACAUAUCGUCAAACUGCCUCGUAAGGUUUGAUGACAUUCUUCCAUUGUCAAUGUCACAGUCAUUAGCAUCUCUAUAUACGCAAGGAAAUCCUAUCCAGUUUUUGCCAAACUAUCGACUAGAAACAUUGUCAAGACUUUCGCCUGUAGUCAGAGAGGAAACUAUUACCUUGGAUGGACAAGAGCUAAAUGACAGAGAAGUCAUGAUUUUAGGAAUGAAUGUACGACCGCAGAGUUUGAUGUCGUACGUUCAAGAUACGAUGAUUGAGAGAACGUCAAUAAGUUCAACGAGUGUUCCUGACCCUGCUCAACGUUUAGCAGAGAGAGAACCUUUAAUUGCAAGCACGCCUAACGGAAUAAGAUCAAAGGGCACUUCACAGAAAAGGAAAAGUGCGAGGGUCAGAGAUGCUUUCAUUUUCGACCAGAAUUCCCAGCUUGAAGCAAGUGAAGCAGAGGAUCCAAAGGAGAAAUCGAUACAAAGUACAAAUGUAGAUACCGUUUCAUCACUCGUGAGGAAUGAAUCGUUUAGCAGCAGAAGAAGCUCGAUCGAUAAUGCGAUUUUGUGGAUUCAUAAGAAUAGUUCCGGUGACGUCCUUAAAGUUUCAAGGAGCUUACCAGACAUUGAUUAUGCCACACAGUUGGAUGAAGAGCAAUUAACUAAUGCAUUAGAAAAGGUUAAGCAAACUGCAGAACAGGAAGAAUCAGAGGAGGCAAGUGACAGCAUUUAUGCCACGGUGUCAAAUGAUAUUGACAGCCUCUCGAUAUCAUCAGAAAGCUCGAUCAGCAUCGUAUCAGACGAUGACGAUGCAUCUGUAUUUCUUCUGGAGAGUGUUGUCAGUGGUGACAAAAACUGCAUGGACGAAAAAGAAUCUUUGUUUGUCUUUUUCAAACACCCUUAUCUAAUUGAGAAGGAUCCAAUCACUGGCAAGGUUGUCAAAUUGGACCUCAAUUAUCUCCAGGAAGUGACGCCAUUUCCAAAUGGGAUGCUAAGAGUGAGCUUGCGAUUUGAUCUCGUGCGCUCUGAUCGUCGAAAGAGAAUUUAUCUGUUCGAAGAUAUUGACCAUGCUGAGGAAUUCGAUGAGUUUGUUGGCCACUUAAUGCCAAUAGCUCGUCGCAACAGACAGAUGAAGGAAUCUUCCUUGGACAUUUACCUUUGCUUGAAAUGUUCCACGACCUUUCAAAGACGAAAGCAAGAGACUUCUUUUGCUUUGUGCCCUGGUUGCAGUAGUAGCAUGGUGGUUGAAAACACUCCUGUUCGCGUCAUUGAGCAAGAGAUAUCGAAAGAAAGACCGCCUGAACAAGAAGUCGCCACUGAUCUUAAUGUCAAAAAUCCAGCGGGAGAGAAUUUAUCAUUUGAUCAAGAUUCGUCAACUGUCCCUUCAGAAAGUCAAGCAGAGAAUACUGGAGUACAAAGGAACCCUUCUUUUGAAGUAUUAGCCCGUUUUGGGGAUGCAAAUUACCAGCGUGUUACUGGGGAUUCUUUUUCUGUUUUUCCUUUGGAACGAGAAGAACCGUUAAGCCUGCCUUCUAACGAUACUACGCAACAAUCAAAAGAGGCAGAAAGCAAGCAAAGUGACCCUGUAAUUUUAGAUACUGUCACUGAAAAUCUGGAACAGAAUCCUGCAACUACAAAAACCUUGAACGAUGUAUCCUCAAAAAUUGAAAACCUACCAAAAAUUACCAUGAAUGGUAGUUCACCAGAAAACAAUCCAUCCCCUUGGAAGCAAAUAAAUGAGCUGAAGACUGCGUUAAAAAGUAAAUUGUCCGGCAGCUCGAUAUCACUUACAUCUUCUGGUGGAAAGGCCUCCGCAGAGGAAUCACGAUGCUCAACCCCUUCGGCUUCUCAUGAAUCACGGAACUCAAUGUCAAGCCGAUCCCAGUCAGUGACUCCAAUGCAAGGAUCAACAGCUAAUUUUAUUGUUGUGAAUGAAGACGAUCUGACUAGAUGUGAUCAUCGAUUAAAACUCUAUUUCUCAAUGGAUUUAUUCCACGUGGAAAGCGAAGAGUUUCGCUGCAUGAUCAAGUGCCCUUACGUAAAGUACGACAGACCCAACAUUGAAGACUGCCUUCUUAUGGUCUCCACAGCAAACAUUUAUUUAUUCAAACUAAGGUGCCCAGAAAGUGACUCAGCUAAGGAGUGGCUUCAGUUAUCGACGAAAUACCGAUUCGCUGAACUGAAAUACAUCGACCAUGGCUAUUUUAGUCAGAGUUUCAGACUGGAGUUUGAGCGUGACUUCGGUUCCUAUAAAUUCUUGAUUGGAGACAGCCAGCGGUGUCAAGGUUUCUUUGGUCUACUGUUGCGAGCUGUUCAGGAUGCAGUGGUGGAUAAGCAGAGUCUCCCAAUCGUUAUGAAUGAUCCUAAUCCAAGAACGGAGACAAAUAUUAGAUCGCAAAUAUUUGGAUUGGAUGAAGAACCUGUUUCGCUGGCGAAACGAUUGUUUGAGCAAGCAACCAUUUUUACGAUCCCUCCAUUACUGAAAAGUAAAAAGAUACGAAUACGUACGCAUCAAUGUGUUAGUGGCAAAGAUCUUGUGAGUUGGAUGGUGUCUCGGAGAGAGGCAAAAUCUCGGAAGGAUGCCAUUGCUUUGUGUCAGAAGUUAGUCGAUGUUGGACUUGUGUAUCAUGUCUCAAAAGAAUUUCAGUUUCAAGACACUGAUGAUUUUUACAAAUUCGACUUCAGCGAUAACCCUAAAAAGAUGUCGUCAGCCGCUCUGCAUAAAGGAGGAGGCAUCGAAAGUACAAGUUCAGAAAACAACAUUGACGAACUUGAAAUGAGCACAGAGGUUUGUUUAUAUCUGCAAGGACAGGCCCGAACCCUUGACGAUGAUUCGUCCUUUCAACGUCGAAGCAUCAUCAUCACGAAAUCUCACUUCUUUUUGGCUGUUGAAUCGCAUCAAUGGCCACUGUCAAGAAUAUACCAGCCGCCUUCGUUUCUCAAGGAGCAGUUCAAACUAGUGGCAAGCCAGCGAGUCAUUGAUCUCAUCAAAAUAACUUUUUUCGAAGAUUCCCCUAAUUCUCUGAUGCUAGAGUUUGUUGACGAACUUGGUGACGUAGAUUCUCGAGAGAGCACAUGGUUGUUUCUCAUCGAAACAAUUCGGGAAAUGGAGGGCCUAGCAAGAUUACUCAAAACUAUUUGGCAAGAAGAGAUGAAGGUAGAAUUAAUGUCCGAGGUAUUUCCUUCAAUCAACCUUUUUAUAUAGCGGGAUUCCAGUCAUAAAUUUAGUGUCUUUUGAAUGCAGGUAUCCCCUUCAUAAAGUUAUUCUAAUUUAAUGUUAUUAAUUCAUUUUAUGGUAAAUGUUGUCUGUUAAUAUGCCGAAUUUUCACAGUGUUUUUCUAAUGCCUUGAUAAUGUUUGUUGAAUUUAAUCUUAUACAGAAUUUAAUGUACCUAAAAGAUAGAAAUUCUAUCUGACAAAUAAUCGUGUUUCAUGAGCAGCAAAUGAUUGCCAUUAUGUUUCAGAAGUUUUAUCCAUACUGCCCGAUAUCCUUUACUUUCCUUCAAAUUUUUUCGAAAACCCAAAAGUUACUGUCUUAUUUUGAUUGAACCGUGCACCACCCCCCCCCC